AUGUCUUCUGCUCAAAUACGCACCUUGCUACAACCUCCAGACCUCAGCGAAUCCGACGCACGCGCGCUCGCGUACCUGAACUCGACAUACAAGUCCCUAGAUGACCUCGAGCACGAAUUCGACCUCGAAGCCGUAGUCGAGCAAGCUCGACAGCGGCUGGACGACCUCGACACAAAGGUGCCUCAGCUCGCGCAGUCCCAGACAUCCCUAGACGAUGUCAUCGCGCGCACCCGCCAGAAGGCGACGGAGGACCUGCACACCGCGCAGGAGCUCGCGCUCCUGCGGCACUCGCUAGCGGACGAGCUGUCGUUCCUGUCUGGGGAGCUGGAGUCCGCGCUGUCCUCGAGCCCCGAGGGUGGGCCGACGCUGCUGGAGGACCUGGAGACGCUGCACCGGAGCUUGAAGGAGCUAGAUAGCGUGAAGGGGUACGUGCAGGUGAUUGAGCAUGCUCUAAAGCUCAGCGAGGCUGCGGUGGACCAGGUGCGCAACUCGGGCGUAGUGACCGUGUCCGAGUAUGAGAGGCUGCAGGCGUUCGUGGCCUCUGUGGAGGCGGCGUGCUCGAAGGUCGAGGCCGUCGCGAGCCAGCCUGACCUCCACGUCCUCGCCUUUUUGGAGUCCGUCGUCGAGCAGACAUGGAAGGACAUCAAGGGUGUCCUCUCGACGACACUGCUGGAGGCAGCGGAGAAGCUGAAGUGGCCGCUGAAGGUGGACUACGCCUCUGCCUCGCCGGAGGACCGCAGAGCGUUCGAGACUGCGUUCUACAACCUCCUCAAACUACAGACCACAGGUGAAAAAAUACGUGACUCUUCAAAGCGCAAGGCUAGCGCGAAAGAGGGUCUCUAUCCUAUACAAGCUCUCGUUCGAGCUAUUGCUCUGCGUUUCAAGUUCCACUUCGAGGGCAGCCGACCGACGAACAGAUUGGAUAAGCCGGAAUGGUAUUUCACGCAUAUUGCCAACAAGUCCCAUGAGCACCGGCCGUUCAUGGAAUCCAUCAUACAAGCCCUCCUUUCCACCACGGAAUAUCGUACAAUCAAUGCCUGGAGAGAGUUUACGCUACAGCUGUUGCCGGUUCUCGAGAGCAAACUGCACCGUACGAUACCCGCGCUCCUGGCCCAUCCACCCAUCCUCGCCCACACAAUAUAUCAAGCGCUUGCGUUCGAUACCGCGCUUCGGGACGAGGGCUUCGACCUGCCCGGUACGACCGCAGCUCCCGUUUCGUCUCUCACAGCAGACGGGGAGAAGAGAGACGAGUGGGCGGGGAUUAGCGAAACUAUACUCGGCAAGAAGGAGUGGUUCGAGGCAUGGGUUGAGGGCGAACGCAAGUUCGCUAUGGACCAGUAUUUCGAGAUUAUCAGUGCCCCAGACGCGUGGCUCGUCGCGGAUGAUGACGAGGAGGACGAGGGCGAGUCGCGUGCCAUCGAUCGAGAGCUCCGUCCGACCAACUCUGCUCGACGAGUCAAAGCAUUAGUCGAACAAGUCACUGAUCGUUAUUCCCCACUGCCUCAAUUCUCACACAGAACACGCUUCCUCAUCGUCGUGCAGCUACCGCUGCUCGAGUCUUAUCAUUCCCGCAUAUCCUCGUCACUGGACGCCUUCGAGACGUUGUCGUCCACGCUUCUGCGCGCAGUUCCUGGUGCGCUUGGUUCUGGGAAUGGUGGUGGGGACGGGCGGAAGUUGACUGCUGGCGUGGAGGGCGUCCAACGUCUGUGCAAGGCGCUGGUAAGUGCGAAGUACCUUGCUGGCGCGAUGGAGGUAUGGGGCGAGGAUUUGUUCUUCUUGGAGCUUUGGGCAGAAAUCAACCACAGGGCUAGUCUGCGCACAAGGGCAGAGUCCGUCCCUCUGCUGCCCAACCCCAAUUCAGCAGAAGACGAAGCGCCAGAGGGGACAAUCUUCGAAGAGCUAGUCCGCCACUAUCAUGACCUCUCAGAGCGUGCCGAAGAACUGAUCGUUUCCACUGUAACUGGAGAAGUCGAGAGCGGACUGAAGUCCCACCUACAGAGUGGUUCUACACACGCCACCCCCGCCACUGGUUCGGACACACCCGACGAUAUAGCCUUGGCUCAGAGUCUGCUCGGACCCCUCGCUCUGCUAUCCUCUCACCUGACUUUCCUCCGCGGCACGCUCCCUCGCGCGACCGUCACGUCCCUUUACAGGAGGACCGCCUCGCGCGUCGGCUCGCAUCUCAUGCAAAGGCAGAUCCUAUAUCGCGGACGCUCACUCACUACGCUGCCGGAGGCGAAGACAGUCCUGGCGGAGGCCGAACUCUGGGUUGAGACGUGCCGCGUUGUACUGAAAGAGGAGCGCGGGAGGGUCGAGGCGCCGUGGCGGCCGUUCCUGCAAGCCGCGAGGCUGCUUGCGGCUGAAGGCGAUGCGUGGCGGAGGAUCGUCGACUCUACGUUUGGCUUCUCCGACGACGGCCAGUGGGAGGAGGUUUUGCUGGAUAUUGUAGGGCUAUGUGAGCUCCCGCGGGAGGAGGUGCAGGGCAUCUUAAGACGAAGGGAGGACUGUGACCGUUGA